CAAAUACAGGUGAUCAAACAAAUGGAUCAUCGCGCUGUAUUCCCAUAUCCUUGGCCGGCAAUACAAGCAUCGGACUUUGGUAAAGCGUUCAGCAAUGAUUCGCCAAUAAUGUUUAGUCCGGGACAUUUAAUUGUGAUAACAGCACGCUGCUUUGACAAUAAGAAAGGACAAUUUAUAAUCAAAUUCUUGGAAAGUGAUACGAAAAGAGAGGAGUUACAUUUCAGUGUGCGCUUUGAUCAGAAAGCUGUUGUGCGUAAUUCGAUGAAUAAGGCCUUCGAAUUCGGACAAGAGGAACGCCAUGGUGGAUUUCCCUUCGUUUUUAAUCAGCAGUUUAAACUUGCUAUCGCAUUCACGGAACGUGAAUUUCUCACCGCUGUAGAUGGAUAUAACUUCUGCAGCUACGCCUAUCGCACAACGAAUGUAUUUCAAAAUCUUGUCGGAUUUAAAGUGACGUGCAUAAAUGGCUUGCAUAUGCAUGUGACUGGUGUAGAUCAUUUGCAAAUGGGUGACCCCUCUUGUACGGGUUUCGAAAAGUAUUCCAAGCACGAUUAUGAAUGUGCUUAACAUGAUUUUUUUAAUUUUAUAAGUUCAACUUUCCUAUGCUCUAUAUGUACAUACGUAUAUGUUAAUUAUUGACUAACUACAUUCCUGUAAGCAUAAAAUAAGAACCGAAGCUCCAUAUUAUAUAAAAAAAAAGAAAUAUUCUACUUACAUUUCCC